CGCUGCAUUAAAGUGUUACACAUACCGGAAAUUAGUUUCCUAAGUCACAUUGAGCAAAAAUCCACCGGUCACGGAAACAUUUGGACCUUUGAUGAGUCACUCCAAAGCUGAUGACUUCUUUAUCUGAUCAUUAAAAAUGUUUGCCUUGAGGAUCGUCCCACGACUUUCUCUCCUCAGUAAAACCUCUUGUGGACUUAAAGCACAUGGCGGGAUUCUAAAUGCAUGCGUCUCAUCAGUCCUCCCUUCUUCCUGCUUAUCACUACAGCAGAAAUUACGAAAUUACUCAACAACAGCAGACAACACGUCUCCCCCGCGAUGGGUCCAGCUUGAGCCAGAGUUGGAGGAGGCUUUGAUACCACGGAAGCUAUCAGUGAGUCCUCUGGAAAGCUGGCUCUCGCUACGCUACUCCUUACCUCCCCUGCUGGAGUCUGCCCAACCACAGGGAGACAUAGAGCUGCUGGAAGAGAAGUUGCUACCACCAAUCUCUGAGCCUGUUUUGGAGGAUGGGGAGGGUACAGCAACACCCAUGAGAUGCAAGAAUGUUUUAGAGAUCAGACGGCGGAAGAUGAACCGGCAUAAGUACAAGAAGCUGCAAAAACGGACCAAAUUCUUGAGGAGAAGAGUUUUGGAAGGCAGAGGGAGAAAGAAGCAGAAAAAAUUUGAGGAGGAUCUUAAAAGAAUAUGGAUGCGAGCUGGACUGAAGAAGGCUCCGGAGGGAUGGGCCACACCUAAAAUCUUUAUUAAACAACAGGGGAGCAGAAGGAACUGAAAAACACUGAAAACAAAUGUUAUUUCUGUUUAGCAUCC